AUGACAUCCCCCUCCCACCGGCGCCUCCUAAAAGAAGCCUCCGAACUCGCCUCCCACCCCUCCCCGCACUUCACCGCCCACCCCGUCUCCGACUCCAACCUCUACGACUGGCACUUCACCCUCGCCGGCCCGCCCCCUCCCUCCCCAUACGCCGGCGGCAUCUACCACGGCCGCAUCGUGCUUCCACCCAGCUACCCACUGCGCCCACCCUCCUUCCGCUUCCUCACCCCCUCCGGCCGCUUCGAGGUCAACCGCGAGAUCUGCCUCAGUAUCUCGGGCCACCAUGAGGAGACAUGGCAGCCUGCGUGGGGGAUACGGACGGCGCUACUUGCGCUGAGGAGUUUUAUGGAUGCGGAUGCGAAGGGGCAGGUGGGGGGGUUGGAUGCUGAUGUUGCUGUGAGGAGGCGGUAUGCGGUUGAGAGUCGGGGGUGGGUGUGUGAGGUUUGUGAGGGGGGGAGGAGUAAUGAGGAGGUGUUGAGGGAGUGGAGGGAGGUGUGUCGGGCGAAGGGGGUGGAGGUUCAGGGUGCUGGUGCUACCGCGGAGAGGACGGCUUCGGGGGAAGCUGAGCCAACUCCAGAACGAGAACCGGAGGAUACAAAUGCAAAUGCGAAUGCAAAUGCAGAUACGGGAACGGAGACGGAGACGGCGUCUUCUCAGAAGGAAUCGGAAUCAAUACCGUCGAAGGAUGCUACGCCGCAGCUGCAGGUACAAGUACCGGUACCUUCUGUGUCAUCUGCGCCUGCAGAAGCAGCUGCACCUGCACCUGCACCAACACGCACGACUCCAGUCCAGACUACGACUGCUACUACUUCUCGACCUACUACGUCAGAUGCACCGUGGCUGGAUCGAGCCAUCCUAGGCGUUCUCGUCGCAUUGGCGUUUAUGAUCGUACGGCGGCUUGCCAAGUCGGAGGAGUUUUAG